ACAUCUCCCGAGUGGGAAAGCAAAACACGAGAGGAAGGGUUUGGUGAGGCGAUCGAAAGAGAGAGAGAGAAGAGAGAGAGGGAAGCAAAGCAAUGGCGGCGACGGCGUCAUCUCUGGCAUCGCAGUUCUCGGGGCUCCGCCGGGAGGUCCUCUCGCGCGAGGCUGCCCCUUCCACCGCCCUCUUCCUCCGCAGCGUUCACUCCCGGAUCCGCCUCCCUGCUUCCUGCCGCCCUCCUCGGGGCGUCGUGGCCAUGGCCGGCACCGGAAAGUUUUUUGUUGGAGGCAACUGGAAAUGUAAUGGGACGAGGGAUUCAAUUACCAAACUUGUUGCUGAUUUGAAUGAUGCAAAGUUGGAAACUGAUGUAGAUAUUGUUGUAGCGCCUCCAUAUAUCUAUAUUGACCAGGUCAAGCAAUCAUUGACCGAUCGUAUUGAGAUAUCUGCUCAGAAUUCCUGGAUUGGGAAAGGUGGAGCUUUCACAGGAGAAAUCAGUGCAGAGCAGUUGGUAGAUAUUGGUUGCAAGUGGGUUAUUCUAGGCCAUUCUGAGCGCAGACACGUUAUUGGUGAGGAUGACCAGUUUAUUGGGAAGAAGGCUGCAUAUGCUUUGAGCCAGAAUCUUAAGGUAAUUGCUUGUAUAGGAGAGAAACUUGAAGAGAGAGAAGCAGGAAAAACCUUUGAUGUCUGUUUCCAGCAGAUGAAAGCGUUUGCAGAUAGCAUAUCGAAUUGGACGGAUGUUGUUAUCGCAUAUGAGCCUGUAUGGGCUAUUGGCACUGGAAAAGUGGCUACUCCCCAGCAGGCUCAAGAAGUGCACCUAGCUGUGCGUGAUUGGCUUAAGAAGAAUGUCUCUGCUGAAGUUGCUUCUUCCACUCGUAUCAUCUAUGGAGGUUCUGUGAAUGGGAACAAUUGUUCAGAACUUGCUAAACAAGAAGAUAUUGAUGGAUUUCUUGUUGGAGGUGCCUCUCUAAAGGGACCAGAGUUUGCCAUCAUUGUCAAUUCCGUGACCUCAAAGAAAGUUGCUGCUUGAUGAUCGCCAUUUAACUCGAAGAUGGAUACGACAGGAUCACAAAUCGAAAUCGGAAGUUCGGGUUGAUGCUUGACAAUCUUAUUCAGCUAAAAGAGUUUGGGAAGAAAACCUGAAUCAUAAGCAUAUGUGGUACAUUGUAGCCCGAUUUUGCCAACAUUCUAUCAUACUUAUAUCAAUAAUUCGAUAUGUGAUCUUGUUUUAAACUCAUGCAAGGAUUUCAUUCGUUUAUUUUUAUUUU